AUCACUUUUUGGAAGAUUACAAGGAGAGAGAAAUAAGAGAAAGAGAGAGAGAGAGAGAGAGAGAGAAAAAAAAAAGAAAAUGGAAAGCUGUAUAUCCAAUAAUGCAGAAUCAAGAUCCCCAUCACCACCACCCCAUGGAACCCUUUUCCAUGGAGUUGAAGGAGAUGGGUUUGGGUGGUUCAAGAAUGAGGAGGGAGAGGAUCCAUGGCAGAGCAUGAAGGGGAAGAAGAAGAAGAAGAAGCAGGUGUUUCUUGAAGGGUAUGUGGAGACAUCAGAUGAGGAUGAGCUUGGGAGGACAAAGAGCUUGACUGAUGAUGAUUUGGAGGAGCUUAAAGGGUGUUUGGAUCUGGGGUUUGGUUUUAACUAUGAGGAAAUUCCUGAGCUCCGGAACACCUUGCCUGCCCUUGAGCUUUGCUAUUCCAUGAGCCAAAAGUACCUUGAUGAUCACCAGAAGUCUCCUGAAUCCAUGUCUGACACAGCCUCCACCUUUUCUGCCUCUACCCCUAUUGCCAAUUGGAAAAUCUCUAGUCCUGGUGAUAAUCCUGAAGAUGUUAAAGCUCGUCUCAAAUACUGGGCGCAGGCAGUUGCUUGCACGGUCAGAUUAUGCAAUUAGAGGGGAGAUUGAUGGAUUCGAUUUGAUAAGAAAGGAAGGAGAGACCGCUCUCUUCAUUUCGGUCCAUUGACCUUCAUUGAGCAUUUGUGCUCAGCCCGACCCCAAGAGGCAAGAUGGGAUUGUAUCUCCCGGGUGCUGAAAGUUCCCGAGUCAUCAUUCCAGGAGAGGGAUACCGAGUAAUCCAUGGAUGGUAGGUCGUAAAGUUUUCCAUUGAGAGAGGCAGAGAGACGCGAAAAGGAGGGAAAUAUCCAAUCCAAUUCCAAGAAUAACAAUAAGACUGCAAUAUAAAUAUAUAAUGCCCUGCAGAUGCCAUACCAAAAUCUUGAAAUAACACUCUGUAUUCUUGCUGUACUAUUACAUUUUUAACAAGUUGAAUGAAUUUGUAUAGUUGCUCUCC